AUGCGGAUGAAGUGGACGGACAAAGAUAGGGAAGAGCUCCUGCGUUUGUGUGACGAGGGUCUUUCAUGGGCUGAAAUCAACAAGAUCCCGCGCUUCCGAAAAUGCUCUGCGAACUCCCUUCGAAGCCAGUGGUGGUCCAUCACCAAGGGGACCGAACCCCACCAACACCAGAACGAGAUUAAGGUCACAGUCGGUGAUCAGAAUCAUGAAGACGCGUCUACUGUGACUGCUUCCACCAAGCGCCGCGCAGACGAGGCCUUUCCCACACCAAAAAGGCGUUUGAGAAGCCGCCGGCUGAACACAGGCCAGGACGAUGGCCGCCCGUCAGACAAGAGGUAUACCAAAAUCAACAACAAAAGACUAUAUCAAAGCCGUACAGCCAACACUACCCCGCCUAAUGCCGAGGGAAUGGGCGGAAAUGGCCAAAACAACUCCCAAGUUGAAGUGGUUAAUGGGGCCAAAGAUGCGCAGGCCCGCGAGCGAGCCGACGAUGACCUUAUCUCAAACAGCUCAGACGGAGAUAUAGAUUUUGAUGGUGAAAUUCAGCCUGUCAGUCCUCCGGCGUUGCUCUGCCUGCUUAGUUCUUUUGCUAACGGCCCAUGUCCGAAAGUUUUCCUAUCGUACCAUGGCGCAGACGAAGCCAGAUGGCACCAAACUCAAAGCAAGUUCGCCUUUUCGAACCGCGAUGCUAAACAGGAGCGUCACUUUCUCCCGUGGAGAUUUUCAGACACCGUCGCCAUCCAGGAAUGGUAUCCAAUCGCCAAAACAAUCGCUCAAAGCGAGAACGGGAGCGAAGUGCAGUACGGCUCUCUGCACACCAACGCCGACAAGGAGGGGAUAUAA